UGUCCGUGCGUUGCGGAUUGGGGCUGUGGAGGAAGAUAAGGGAAGGUUGCAGUAUGUGUAUUGCGUUUGUUGCGUUGCUGGUGUGGUAGAACUGCUAGUUGUAGAUGCUGGCCAAAUUUUCACGAUAUAAAUUCUUCAAUCAAGUAACGUGACGCAAGACAGUGGUUCCGGCUUGUGGACAGCAGAUUUGAGUGGAAAUUGACAUUGGCAUGGAGGAUCCUUUCUACCUAGUCAGGGAUGACGUGGUCAAGGCGCUGUCCAAGCUGCGUGGCCUGCACCAGCGCCUGAACGAGCUGGAGACGGUGCCGGCCACGGCCGCCGAGCGCACGUGGACCGAGAGCGAGCUGAGGAACGCCCUGCGCAGCACCGAGUGGGACGUGGAGGACCUCCAGGAGACAAUCAGCAUUGUGGAGAAAAACCCGAAGCAGUUUAAGCUGGAUGCGGCCGACCUGCAAGCGAGAAGGAGCUUCGUGAAGGCGACGCGCGACGAGCUGGGGCUGCUGAAGGAGCGGCUGAGCCUGAACAGGGCCGUGGACUGCGACCGCACGGCCAGGCAGGAAUUGGAGGAAGCAGAUGAACUUCCUCCGGCCUAUAAUCCGCUUCUGGACCACGCCAGCUCCCCUGAGCACGCCAUCACCAGCGUCCCCGGCGUCGGGGGAAGCGGCGGCGGAGGAGGAGGCGGCGCUGGCGGGGGCUACAGCCGGCUGCGGGAGGACGAGCCAGACUCGCCGCCUGUGGUGGUGAAAGUGUCGUCGGUCUCGACCCUGCUGCCCCUCACGGCGGGUGUGCCUUGCUCGUCAUGCUUGGGCGCACAUUGCGCGUGGGGCUUGUGUCGGGGUGCCAGGAGGGAUAGGAGUUUGUUCCGAUGCAUGGUGGACGACACGGUCCCUGAGGUAGCCACGACCCAGGGGAAGCUGGCCAGACCCCUGAACAAGGUGCUGAAGGUGCUGCACCUCUCCAACGAGCGGCGUCAGUGGACCGCCAUCGGCGUGCUCUCCGGCCUCAUGCUGGCCGCUGUGCUCAUGCUCUUCUUCAUCUAGUCUUCGACCGGCCUGCGGGCUGGCCGCACCGCGCCGGCCUCAACCCUCCGCUCGCGGCCACGGACGGAGGCGGCGGGUCUGUCCGCUCUCCGGGCCUCCAGGGAGUUAUACCGCCCGGCAGCGCGCGGUGGCCGACGCGCAGGGGCGCCAAAGAGCCGAUAGCUGUUUUUCGUUGCGCCGCGCCGGGGUAGCGUUUUUAUUAUCGCAUUACAGCGUAGUCAGUGUACGUCGAUUUGAUUUCAACGAGGCAUUCCGUGUCGGGUCAGCUCACACCGAGAUAGGGAGAGCAGCUCGAAGUAAGUAGAUAGUCCGGGUCGCUGUUCGGCCGCGUGGUCUCGUGCGCCAGCCAAAGAACCGCCACGGUGCUGAUCGAAGCAGUGUGGUGUAGGGGAUGAUGUGCAAACAGGAGCUGUCCGCCGCUGCGUGACCGGGAGCGGCGGUGGUUCUCUAAUGUGCCAGGCAAUCAUUUGUGAUUUAUGCGCGGUAAUUUUGAUGAGCUUGUACUUGCGGCCGUGACACGUCAGUCUGUUUGAUCAGGUGGCUUGUUUAACCGAAUAUGGUAUUAUCCUGUGCAGCUUUGUCGGCCUUAUUUUUGAUCCUGUGUGAUUUGAUAAUUGUCUGGUGAAGGACGGCUUUUGUGGUUUAGUCGUGUGAUAUCCGUGGCAUGGUAUAUUAUUAAACUCUUCAAUCAAGUAUCCACGUGCUAGUCAUUUGUCGUGCUCACUCAGUGGUCUUGCGUCUGUUCGUUUUUGUAUGGGCUGAAUUUCAGUCGGCGCUGGCGAGAUCUGCUGGCGACCAGCUGUGUGACCUUGAACGACGUUUCCACGCGCCUAGGUCGGCCAAUCGGCGGCGGCGUGCAGUCCUGGUCUGGGAGGCCAGCUUUUGCUGGUUGGUCUUCCAGUCAGAAAUUACUAUUCCUAGGGCGUGAAGUAAUCUAGCGAUUGUAUAUGCUAUUGAAUUAUGCCAACAUGAAUUACGCCUAUAAACAAACUCUUACGA